UAGAGAGGACUUAGGUGAGGUGAGAUUGGAAUGUAAAGGAGGAUGAGGGGACUCCUAGACUCCUAGACAACGGAGAUACACGUUGGGGAAAGUUGUAUUGUGAGGUACCACCCCUAUCGUCUGCCUCUCUCUUAUUUCUCCAAGCAGAAUUCCAAGACUGCCGUUGUAAAUCCUAGAGCCAACUUGGACCCUGUCCACUUAAGAGCUUCAAAAUUGGAAUUCUAUACUGAGAAAGAUGUAUAAGUUAGACCUCCUACCAGAUCCCAAGGAGAUAGCAGCAGUAGAGGCUAGAAGAAGUCGGGAAAAGGAGCGACAAUGCCGAUUCUUCAACGUGCGGAACCGAGUCAUGGGGGUGGAUGUGCAUGCCCUAAACUACCAGGUGGAGGAACGAAAGCUUCGGGAAGCAAUGGAGCAAAGCAAAGAUAUGGCUUAUGGUACCAAGCAUGUGCACUAUGAUCUGGUAGCACAGAUGUUAGAGAAGGAAGAGGCAGAACGGGCAUGUCGGUUGUCCAAGAAAGUACAGGAUUUUCGGGAGCAAAGGCAGCAAUUCAGGAAUGGACAAGAAUGUGACUUCUGGGAUCCAAAACAACAAGUCCAGGAGUUUCCAGUCCCUUAUUAUGACAGUGGCACGUACUUUGGCCCAGCCAGCAUGCAGUACUUCCAUGGAGAGGACCCAGAAAGGGCCUCACGCCUGAAAAUGCAGCAAGAACAGUUGAGAUACAACCUGGAGAGACAGCUACAGGAACAACAGGCAGCCAGAGACGAGGAGGUGCGCGCAGCUUUGCUUAGUGACCAGCUGCGCCUAGCUGUGAACACAAGAGCAGCUGAACUAGCCAGGCUGGAGGAGUCCUGUCGAGCAGCCAUGAGGACUGCUAUGGCCAAUGCUAACAAAGCCCAGGCAGCUAAGAAGGCCCUGCAGCAGCGCCGUGAACAGCAGCAGCAACAGGAGGCCAAACUCAAGGAGAUCAAGAAACAAGUCACCAGUGAUCUACUGACCGAGAAUCCUCAGGCUGCCCAGCGCCCCCAGAAUCCCCACCGCGUCCUGCCCUAUUGCUGGAAGGGUAUGACUGCAGAGCAGCGGGCCGCCAUCAGGAAAACCCAGGAAACACAACGACAAGAGAAAAAGGAACAGCGCCGAGUGGAAAAGUCCCUGGAGGCUGAGUGGGGACGCCAAACCGUCCGCUUGGCUGAGGCAGCACUGGAGCUGGAAGAACAGGAGAGGCAGUUGUGUGCGGAAUUUCGCAGGGGGCUGGGCUCCUUCAACAAGGAGUUAGCUAGGGAACAAGCAGCCCAGCAAAAUUACCUAAAUUCAGUCAUCUACACCAAUCAUCCUACGGCUCAGUAUUACCUACAGUUCAACACCAGCAGCCGCUGAAGCCUGGAUGAUCACCUCCCUUCUCACCUAUCAAUCUUCCAGGUGGCUAGGAGUCGACGAGAAAAUGCAACAUACCCCUGUCUCUAAUCUCUCCUCAGUAGGAGGGAACUAAACCCCAAACUCCACUUUCUACCCUAGGCAAUA